AGAAAUCAUUCUUCUUUAUCGAAGCGCGGCAGGCACCGUCCUAAAAAAUUUUUUUUGCUGUUUUUCCGAAAAAAAAAAUUAUUUUCCCGUGUUUCAAUAGUUUUGUUGGGGAUUCCUUUUAAAUUGUUCAAAAAAUCAAUUUAAUCUUAUUUCAAACUUAACAUUGAAUUGCAGAAAACACUGCAAAAAUGUCUCAUCAUUAUGUUGUGACUGCCCAAAAGCCUACAGCUGUAGUUGCUUGUGUUACCGGCAAUUUUACAUCGGCAACAGAUCUUAAUUUGGUUGUGGCGAAGAACAAUCAAUUGGAUAUUUAUUUGGUUACACCCGAGGGAUUGCGUCCUCUCAAAGAAGUCAAUAUCAAUGGACAAAUUACGGUUAUGAGACAUUUUCGACCACAGGAUAGCAAAAAAGAUGUUUUGUUUAUUUUGACCCAACGUUAUAAUGUAAUGAUUUUGGAGAUCAAAAUGGUUGGUGACAAUAUUACCAUUAAUACCAAAGCACAUGGCAAUGUUUACGAUCAAGUUGGAAGGGAAACGGAGGGUGGACAGAUUGCAGUGAUUGAUCCGAAAGCUAGGGUCAUUGGAAUGUGUUUGUAUAUGGGAUUGUUUACUAUUAUUCCAUUGGAUAAGGAUACUAGUGAAUUGAAGGCGACUAAUUUGAGGAUGGAUGAACUUCUUGUUUAUGAUGUUGAGUUUCUUUAUGGAUGUGUUAAUCCAACAAUAAUUGUUAUACACAAGGAUAACGAUGGGCGACAUGUUAAGACUCAUGAGAUUAAUUUGAGAGAUAAAGAGUUUAUGAAAAUCGCUUGGAAGCAAGAUAACGUUGAGACAGAGGCAACUUUAUUGAUUCCUGUUCCAACGCCUUUGGGAGGAGCAAUUGUCAUUGGUCGGGAGUCCAUUGUAUAUCACGAUGGCAGCAACUAUCAUGCUGUUGCACCCUCAACAUUCAAGCAAAGUACAAUCAACUGUUAUGCUCGAGUCGAUAGUAAAGGCCAACGAUAUUUGCUAGGAAAUAUGUUUGGUCAAUUGUUUAUGCUGUUUCUAGAGACGGCAGACAAUGGAAAAGGAGCAUUUGUUGUAAAAGAAAUUAAAGUCGAAUUAUUAGGUGAAAUAUCGAUACCCGAAUGCAUUACUUAUUUGGAUAAUGGAUUUUUAUUUAUUGGUUCAAAACAUGGCGACUCUCAAUUGGUUCGUUUGAGUACAACACCAAAUGAUAGCGGUUCAUAUGUUAUUCCAAUGGAAGUCUUUACAAAUUUGGGUCCAAUUUUGGAUUUGGGAGUUGUCGAUUUAGAUCGACAAGGCCAGGGACAAAUUAUUACAUGUUCUGGUAGUUUUAAAGAUGGCUCAUUGCGGAUCAUAAGAAUCGGUAUUGGAAUACAAGAACACGCUUGCAUUGACUUACCCGGCAUCAAAGGAAUGUGGUCUCUUAAAGUCGGCAUAGAUGAUAGCAUUUUUGAGAAUACACUGGUUUUAGCCUUUGUCGGGCACACACGUAUUUUAACUCUUACCGGAGAAGAAGUCGAAGAAACCGAUAUUCCUGGAUUCUUGAGUGAUCAACAGACUUUCCAUUGUUCAAAUGUUGAUUAUGAACAGAUCAUUCAAAUAACACCAUUGACUGCCAGACUUGUAAAAGGUGGCACUAAAGCUCUUGUCGCUGAAUGGCAACCACCAGGUGGUAAACGAAUUGGUGUUGUUGCUUGCAAUACAACUCAAUUGGUUGUUGCUUCAGCAUGUGACAUAUAUUAUUUAAUAAUUGAAGAUGGAAAAUUAGUUGAAAAGUGUCAUAAAGCAUUGGAAUAUGAGGUUGCUUGCCUGGAUAUUACACCAUUGGAUGAUGCAAGUUCUCAAUCGGAUUUGGUUGCAGUUGGUUUGUGGACAGAUAUUUCAGCUGUGAUUUUAUCUCUACCAAAUUUAGAACCUAUUUACACUGAAAAAUUGGGAGGUGAAAUAAUUCCCCGUUCGAUUCUGAUGACAACAUUUGAGUCCAUUCACUAUCUACUGUGCGCUCUUGGCGAUGGCUCUAUGUUUUAUUUUAUUUUGAACAAAACCGAUGGCAAAUUAACGGAUAAAAAGAAAGUCACUCUCGGAACACAACCAACAAUUCUCCGAACAUUCAAAUCACUUUCAACAACAAAUGUAUUCGCAUGCUCAGAUCGGCCAACCGUAAUCUACUCUUCGAAUCACAAAUUAGUCUUCUCCAAUGUCAAUCUAAAAGAAGUCAAUCACAUGUGUUCUUUAAAUGCUGAAGCUUAUCCUGACAGCUUAGCUUUGGCUACGAAAAACUCAGUUAUCUUGGGUAAAAUUGAUGAAAUUCAAAAGUUACACAUCCGGACCGUGCCUUUGGGCGAGGGUCCACGUCGUAUUGCCUAUCAAGAGAGUUCACAAACUUUCGGUGUUGCCACUGUACGAAUUGACGUUCAAGGUCGUGGUGGUCCAAAACCAUCAAGACCAAGUGCCUCAACACAAGCUCAGAACAUUACUUAUUCGAGUAAUAUGGUUCCUAAGCCAGGUGGUGCAAAUGCUUCGUCGGCAAAUGCUGAAAUUGGUCAGGAAUUAGAUAUAAAUAAUUUACUUAUCAUCGAUCAGAAUACAUUUGAAGUGUUGCAUGCUCAUCAAUUUAUGCCACCUGAAUAUGUUAUUGCUUUGAUGUCGGCAAAACUUGGCGAUGAUCCAAAUACGUAUUAUGUUGUCUCAACAGCACUCAUCUACAGCGAUGAAGCUGAACCCAAAGUGGGUAGGAUUAUUAUUUUCCAUUAUAACGAUGGAAAGCUUGUCCAAGUGGCUGAGACAAAAAUUGAUGGAUCUUGUCAUUCUUUGGUGGAAUUCAAUGGAAAAGUCUUGGCGGGUAUAAAUAGUUUUGUAAGACUCUACGAAUGGACUAAUGAAAAGGAACUACGUAUGGAGUGUAAUAUUCAGAAUAACAUAACCGUUUUGUAUUUGAAAGCAAAGGGUGACUUCAUUUUGGUGGGAGAUUUGAUUAGAUCAAUGACUUUGCUGCAACAUAAACAAAUGGAAGGAAUUUUUGUUGAAAUUGCUCGAGAUUGUGACCCUAAGUGGAUGCGAGCAGUCGAAAUUCUAGAUGAUGAUACAUUUUUAGGCUCAGAAACGAAUGGAAAUUUGUUUGUGUGCCAAAAAGAUAGUGCUGCUACAACUGAUGAAGAACGUCAGUUACUCCCCGAAGUGGCCCGUUUCCAUUUGGGUGAUAUUGUUAAUGUCUUCCGUCACGGUUCAUUGGUCAUGCAGAAUGUUGGCGAACGAACUACCCCAAAUCAGGGAUGUGUUCUCUAUGGAACUGUGAAUGGAGGCAUUGGUAUUGUGACUCAAAUACCACAGGACUUUUAUGAAUUCUUGCAUAGUUUGGAAGAAAGGCUUACAAAUACAAUCAAAUCAGUUGGUAAAAUUGAUCACUCGUAUUAUCGUAGUUUCAAUACACCUCAAAAGAAUGAACCAUGUGAAGGAUUUAUCGAUGGUGAUUUGAUUGAAUGUUUUCUAGAUCUUAGUAGAGAAAAGAUGAAAGAAUCAGUGACUGGGUUGGAAACAACUAUAAAUAACCAAAAGAAAGAAGCAGAUGUGGAUGAUGUUAUUAAAAUUGUAGAAGAUCUCACGCGGAUUCACUAAUUAAAAGCUAAAGUGUUAACGGUGUGAAGAUUAACUUUAUUAUUAUUAUCUCUUUUGGCUUAGUUUAAAUGUUUUCUUCUUUUUAAUUAAAAAAAAAAAUAAACACAUUUGUUCUUUUGUGCUUUUCUAUAAAAAAAAUUACUAUUAAAUAUUUAUGUAAAAAAAAAUAUAUAUAUAUAUUGUAUACUUUGUAUACUCAUGCAAACAUAUAAUGUUUCCAUAAAAAAAUAUGAAUGAACUUUGAAAGAUCCAGCAAGACUUUGUGGAAAUAAUAAAAAAUAAUUUUAAGACCUUAA